AAUCCACCACACGGACCUGUUCUCUGCCUGACUGCUCAUUCUCACUGACAUCUUGUUACAGCGAUCUUCUGUAUUUCAUUGUCCAAAUUCACCUUUAAGACCCCAUUAACCAGAGCACUGUGGCAUCCGUGACCUCGGCAACAAUAGAGGAGACGACCUGAGCCACACCUUGCUGGCUAAGGUCACAGAAUGUCAGAUCUCUGCCCUGUAACGCUCACUGAACUGAAGCAUUCUGGGUAAAUUACAGUUCACCACAUGUGGUGAAGAACACGUAGUGCAGUGUGACCAUGUCUGAGGGACCGAGGAAGUCCAGAUCAAAAUCCAAGUACCCGGCAACACGUAGGCUCCUGCUGAAGACCAAACUUCUUAAGAAGGCAGAGAGUCUCCUUGUCAAAGAAAAAGAGCAGAAGAAAAUAGACCGAGACAAUGCUUUGAAUGAGAGAGUUCCUCCUCUAAAGCUCUCAGGACUCUCAGUAAAUGAGCUUCAGGAGCUUUGUAAAGAUUUGCACCAAAAGAUUGACAUUGUGGAUGAGGCUCGAUAUGACCUUUCGGUAAAAGUGGCCAGAAAUGCUUCAGAGAUUCAAUCACUGCAGCAGAAGAUCUACGAGCUGAAAGGGAAAAUGAGCAGACCUAAACUGAAGAGAGUGAAGAAGUCGGCAGAUGACAAGUUGGGAGCCCUGACAGACAUCAAGCUCAUGAAGGCCGACUUCAAAGCCAACUUGAAGACUGUGAAGAAGGAGGAGGAAAAGAAAGAGGAGGUGACAGACUGGAGGAAGAAUGUGGAAGCCAUGUCUGGGAUGGAAGGCAGGAAGAAACUUUUCAAUGCCGGACAGUGAACCAAAAAUGGUUUCCUGUGGUGCUUUUACAAUAUUUAAAGUUUAAUGGGAAAAUAUUUGAUUCAUUAGAAAUAUUUCUCCUAAAGAACUCUGUAUGGAUUUCUCUUGAUGUGUUUUGUGUGUCUGUUUUUCGGGGUGAUUGUUGAAUAUUCCAAAAGGCAUUUAUGCCUUGUGUAGAGUAAUGAGUGUUGAUUUAAAGCUAAAUUAUGGGGCAUAUUACCAGGAGAGAUGGAUAAGAUGGAAAAACAACAUAAUAUUCCUAUCCUACCAACUAUGUAAAUAUUUGAUUCAUAUUCAGUGUGAUUAGCCUGAAUAAAUUUACUCUGGUUUCUUCA